CAUCGCAAAGACAUUCACUCGCCCAUACUCUGUCGUCUCAAGCUAUUCUAUAGCUUCAAUUGUGGAAUCGGAACUUGUGCUACACUGUUCCUUUUGCGGUGGACUGUCAAGACGUUCAAUAACAACCACCACCUCACGCGAAACCUCCGCCACCUCCGCACUAUUAUACAUCAUCCACCAUGCCCAACUUUGGGCCGCCCAAUAGCGCACCACUCCCCUCUUCCUUUGACGAGAAUGCCGACUUCUACAACGAAAACACGCUCGACAAGAUAUGGCGCCGCCUCCGCGAAGAACCCCUCAUCCCCUUUGGCUGCGGCCUCACAGUCUGGGCCAUCGUCGGCGCCACUCGAUCGAUGCGCAAAGGCGACCACAAAAUGACAAACGUCUACUUCCGCCGACGACUCUAUGCCCAAGCCUUCACCAUCGCUGUGCUUGUAGUGGGAAAUGUCUACUGGCAGAAGGACAGGAUGAAGCGCAAGGAUUACGAGAAGAUUGUCGCGGAGAAGGAGGCAAUGGGGAAGAGGGAGCGCUGGCUGAAGGAGCUGGAGGUGCGGGACGAGGAGGACAAGGCGUGGAGGGAUCGGGUGAAUAGGAAGGCGCGGGGUGCGGGCGAGGAAGCUAAAGGUGUGACGGAAUUAGUUGCCGAGAAGACGAAGGAGCUCAAGGAUCAGGCUGCGGGCAAAUGAGCGGAUCGUUGAAAG